AUGGACACCCAAGCCUCUCUCCCAGGUUUCAAAGAGCAUCCAAUUGUACAUGGCCUCUACUACCAAUCCGACUUCAUCACUCGUGAUCAUGAAGAACAACUCAUCACCCUCUUUCGCACCCAGCUAACCUGGCCCGAUCGCCCCGGUCGCAUCUCCGUCCACUACGGCUACACGUUCGACUACAAGACCUUUGGCAUCGAUCCUGACAUUCCAUACAAGCCUUUUCCUGACUGGCUUGUUCCAUUACUUCCGAAGACCGAAAGCCGACCGCCGGAUCAAGUCUGUCUGCAAUAUUACCCGCCCGGCGCAGGGAUCCCGCCGCACGUCGAUUCCCAUCGCGGGUGGGACCAGCUUUAUGCGCUGUCUAUUGGCGCGCCCGUAUUAAUGCGCCUCCGGCAUGGCAAGACGGGUGAAGAGAGGGUUGAUGUUGAUCUUGAGGGGCGCAGCAUGAUGUGCUUCAGCGGGCCGGCCAGACUGUAUUGGACGCAUGGGAUUGCGAAGAAGAAGAAUGAUCACAUGCCAGACGAAUUGUUGGGCAUUGAGAAGGAGAAGAGGUCGGUUCUUGGGGCCAUGGUGCGGGAGGCGGAGAAGGGAUUAGAGUCCGAAGGGAGGAUGACUUCUCCACAGAAGGCGGAUGAUGGUGAUGUCAAGGCUUGA